AUGCCGCUGCAGGCUGUCCCUGGGUUAAUGUGGCUCUGGCAGAACAUGCCCUUUCAGACACUGGCCGUGUUCUUAGGCCUGUUCCUGAUGAUUGCUGAUUGCAUGGAAAGGAGACGGCCAAAGAAUUUCCCUCCAGGACCUUUGCCCCUGCCCUUCCUGGGCCACCUGCUCCAUGUGGAUUUCAAACAGCCCCAUAGGACUGUAGAGAAGCUUGUUGGAAAAUAUGGCAACAUUUUCAGCUUGCAGCUUGGUAACCUGACAUUUGUGAUUGUAAAUGGAUUCCAGCUGGUGAAGGAAGUGCUUGUCCAUCAGGGUGAAUGCUUUCUUGGUCGCCCACAAAUUCCUCUGAUGUACGAAAUCUUCGGUCCAUUUGGAUUAGUCACCUCUAAUGGACAUAGCUGGAAACAACAAAGAAGAUUUGCUUUAUCAACUCUAAGAAAUUUUGGCCUGGGGAAGAGGAGCUUAGAAGAACGAAUACAGGAGGAGAGCAGAUACCUCACAGAUGCAAUUGAGGAAGAAAAAGGGCAACCUUUUGACCCUCACUUUAAAAUUAAUAAUGCUGUUUCCAACAUUAUCUGUUCCAUCACUUUUGGGGACCGGUUUGAAUAUCAUGAUAGUCACUUCCAGAAGUUACUGCGGUUGAUUGAUGAGACUUUGUACCUCCAGGGAACUAUUUGGAACCAACUGUAUGACUCCUUCCCGACCAUAAUGAAGUGGAUACCUGGACCCCAUCACACCAUUUUUAAAAACUGGGAAAAACUGAAGAGUUUUGUGAAGGAAAUGAUUGCAAAGCACAGAGAGGACUGGAAUCCAUCUGACCCCAGAGACUUCAUUGACUGUUAUCUGAAGGAAAUAGCAAAGGCCGAUGCCGACCCUAGUUUCCAUGAAGAAAAUCUUGUAUUUUCCACACUGGAUCUUUUUUUUGCUGGAACUGAGACGACGUCUACAACCAUCCGCUGGGCUCUGCUGUACAUGGCCCUAUAUCCAGACAUUCAAGAGAGAGUGCAAGCAGAGAUUGAUGCAGUGAUUGGCCUGUCUCGCCAGCCAGCCAUGGACGACAGGGACAACAUGCCAUACACCAAUGCAGUUAUUCAUGAAGUGCAAAGGAUAAGCAACAUCUUGCCUUUCAGUGUGCCCAGAAUGGCAACUAGUGACACAACACUGGCCGGAUUCUAUGUGCCAAAAGGCACCGUUUUGAUUCCCAAUUUGACAUCAGUGCUGUUUGACAAGAAUGAGUGGGAAACCCCUCAUACUUUUAAUCCUAAGCAUUUCCUUGAGGAUGGUCAGUUCAAGAAAAAAGAAACUUUCCUGCCAUUCUCUGCAGGAAAGCGCGGUUGCCUUGGCGAGCCGCUGGCUAGAAUAGAGCUGUUCCUGUUCUUCACUGCCCUCCUUCAGAAAUUCACAUUCCAAGCUCCGAAGGACGUGAAGCUAAGCCUUCAGUUCAGAAUGGGACUUACUCUCUGCCCACAGCCAUACAAGAUCUGUGCGCUGUCUCGGUAG